AUGUUUACUAAGGUAAUUAUUUUAUCCGGCCUCAUAGCUGUAGCCAUGGCUGGAGUUUUCGAACUUCCUGCUGUAUCUCAUGGACAUGCUGAAAAAUCUGUGGACUAUUAUGCCCAUCCAAAAUACGAAUACAACUACGGAGUACAAGAUGGCCACACCGGUGACCACAAAUCCCAACACGAAGAACGUGAUGGCGAUGUUGUCAAAGGUUAUUACACUGUUGCCGACCCUGAUGGUACCCUCAGAACCGUCCACUACACCGCCGAUGACCACAACGGUUUUAACGCAGUCGUAGAAAGAAAAGGAGAACCUGUCUACCCACAGGUCUACCAAAAAAACGUUGAAGCUCCAGUGUACCACCAUUAA